ACUGGUCACACUUCGAUUUUAACUUGCAGUGUAGCCGCAUUUGCCAAAAUGUCAUAACACAAAAUAACAACAAUGUCGCUCGUGGAUAAAUUAAAUUAUUACAGCACCCGAAAGUCGUUUAAAUAUGGCAUACCCUUCCUCAUCAUGAUGGUGGCAGGCUCCUUCGGACUACAGCAGUUCUCGAACCUCAGGUAUCAGUACGCCAAGAAGCAGCCGGUAACGCCGGAGGAGAUGAAAAAGUACGGAGUAAACAUGAAGAACCGCAAGGAUGUGACUUUGGAGUCGGAGUACGACAAAGUUAAGUCCGUGGACAUAGAAAACUGGGAGAACAAACGCGGUCCACGUCCCUGGGAGGAGCAGGAGAGCCAGCCGUCCACAGCAAAGCACUAGACUUAAUGUUUUCAAAACAAUUUACCGUUGAAAACAGACUGUUUGUUGUACAUAGGCCAUAAAUAAAUCACCAUUGUUUAUAUCUAGUUAAACAAUACCCUGUAAAUAAUCGAUAAAUGCAUCGGUACUUUCGCAUCCGAUAGCCCUAUGCGUGUCGCACGGUCACACUAAGAUUUGUUAAUUUUCUAUUAUUGAAAAUAAAAUGGGAGAAGUAAAA